AUGCGCGUCUCCACUCUGCUCCCGGCCCUCCUCUCCACCGUCGGCCUCACCAGCGCCGCCGCAAAUGGCCAACCUCCCGUUUGGGACGUCACCAACUUCCGUCCGCAAUGCAUCGAAGGCGCAUGUCCCUACUCGUUCAACAUUACGGGCCACCACGCCGAUAACACGCCUUCUUUCAAGACCUCCUGCACCGGCGAGUCGCAAACGAAGCUGGCGAAAUGCGACAACUCGACCGUUCACUCGAGCGUCAUCGCGCUGGGCGACUCCAAAUGGCACGUCCAGGUUCGCUUUGUCUGGUUCAAGCCCAUCCCCGAUGGCCGUGGCAACUUGACUCUGUCUACUCAGGGCAAGCAGGCCGAGAGGAAUGUCUCGAAGGCGGAUUUCCCCCACUUCACCCUCAACCCUGACAGUGGUGUUGGUGUUGCCCGCUAA